ACAAACCUCCAGGGCAGUGGACGUGAGUGUGGAAAAGUUUCCGCCCGCGGUCGUGUGGAAGCGGCGGCGGCUCCGUCGUGCUCUGCCCGGUCCCGACGCACCGAGCCUGCUCCUCUUCCUUGUUGUGAGCGGUCGGCAGGAGCGGAGCACAGUCCUGGUUACUUUUAAAUUAUUAAAACCACUGUCUCUCUCAGAGCCCGGGGCACUACUCGGAGUUGUUCCCGUUUAGCUAACCCCAGUCCGCCUUUGUGUUCCCGUGAGCGACGCGCUCCUCCACUUUGUGUGCAGUUUUGCGAGCUUUAGCCGCUAAACUUAGCAUCCAACAAAGUUAAAGUUGCUACCAAGCGCUACCAAAAGUGUCCAGAAGUGACAUUUGAUGCGGCUCACCGGGUUGUUUGGCUUCGCAACUUUGAUAUGACGUGUUGGAAUGUUGUUAACUCUCAUUAACAAGCAGCUAGCUCGUAUUUGAAGAGUCGUGAGGAAAGGAAUUGUUCGUUGAACGAUACUCGACGCAUCAGUUGGUGUCAGGUGUUUAAAGCUCUGCUCCACAGCCUUUUGGGCCACGCUGACUUAAAAGCUAUCAUACUCAUGGCACCUUCCAGUUGACAGAAUGGCCCAGAUAUCAAGUGGUAAUGGGUUCAAGAUGGAUGUCCCCAAACCAAAGGGGGUUGUGGGUAAAGAGGAAGCCCUCCGAAUGGAAGAAGAAGCUUUGGCAAAAUUGCAAAAGGAGAAGAGGCCCACUCUUUCAACUUCAACACCCUCAUCUAUGUAUGCAACGUCCACAUCUUCCUCAAAACCAAAAACAUCUAAAUAUACCACUACUGCUCCUCAUCCUUCACCCUGUGUUAGGAGACCAGAAAAGGACCUCAUUGUCUUCCCAGAGACCAAGAAGCAGGCAGAGCAGGUCAGGUUCAGGGAUAUUGAUGUGGACAAGCUAACCAAUGAAGAACUUGAAAAGCUCUUACUGGAUGAAAACUUUGGGGCUAACAGCAAAGUCUCCCGCCCCUCGUCACUGCUGGGGUUUAAUCUCAGUGCCUCUUACCCUGGAAGCCAUUCCUGUACCUCCUCACCUUUCCAGGGCAGUCAGUGGUCACCUGUUCUGUCCACUCCAUCAAGCUCUAGUGUGUCUACUCCCACCCAUCAACCCACCCCAUUGUUUCCCUCUGCUCCAUUCCCCAAACCAGGCACUUUUCAAAAUGGUUUCACUCCAACCAUAUCCCCCUUUAUGGCUCUGCCAGCACAGCAGACAUCCUUCAUGGCCUUCACUCCCAUCCAGCCUGCUGCUGCCAUGGUCUUCCCACAACCAGCUGUGGACCCAGAGAUGGCCAAACUGUUUGACAAGAUUGCCAGCACCUCAGAAUACUUGAAGAAUGGCAGAUCGGCCAGCACUGACCUAGAUUCCUCUCAAGUGGGCACAGCUUCGCUGGCACCCAACCCACCAGCCCAGCAGCCAGCAGGAAUGGAAUCCUCGAGCGUCAAUCGCUUUGACUGGUUAGAUCUGGACCCCCUGACAAAGCAUAAAGCUGAGAAUGAGGAAGGGACCCAGGUGUCAGGAGAUACUGCACAGACAGUACCAGUACCUGCAGGGGAUCCUUGGGAUGCAGUGCUCGAGACUGAAGGGAACAGUAGUAACAGCAGCUCUCCGCUGGAGGUGAAAGCACCACUGUCAGUUCGCUCACAGCCCAGGAGGGCAUCCACAGGAGCUGCUGUCACUAGGAGUCACUCGCUCAACAUCCCAGGGACCUCCUCCCAGCACAAACCAAACAAUCAGGACAAGGGAACAGGUUUGGUGAAGAACGCCGCCCUGGAACAACAGGACGCUCAAAACCUUGAGGUUGUCGCCUUCUGUGAAGACGUUAAAAUCCUGCGUUCGAAAUUCCCUCAUGGUGACAUCUCCACCAACCCUGGCUUCGUCCUCAGCCCUGUCAUCACCCAGAGAGACAGUGGAGGUGACAAUAGCUGUUCUGUCAAGGUUUCUAUUGAAAUCUCGGAAUCUCAGCAGCCUGUAACCUUCACCUGUGACGUGAGUUCUCCGGUGGAGUUGUUGAUCAGCCAGACUCUCUGCUGGGUCCAUGAUGACCUGGAUCAGGUCAACUUCUCCAGCUACCUGCUCAAAGUCUGUGGCCAGGAGGAGGUGCUACAGAAUAAACACAGCAUCGGCAGCCAUGAGUAUGUCCAGAACUGCAGGAAGUGGGAGAAUGAGAUCACAUUACAACUACUCUCUCAUUCCACCAUGAGAAGAGACUUGGCACGCAGUGCUGAGGAUGACAACUCUACAAUAGACCUAGACAAGCACCUGGGCCAGGUGGAGAGGCCUUUUAAGGAGACUGUCACCAGACAAGGCCUGGUUGACUAUUUGGAAGGCUAUCACAAUCAAGUCAACAUCUGCCUACAAAAUCAGAGUACGCAGUAUAAGACGGUGGACCGGGUGGUGCAGACAGUGAAGAACCUGUGCUGUGCUCUGGAUGAGGUGGAGACCCAAGCCAUUACAGAGGCCAUCAAAAGACUGCGACACUCUGUCAAUUUACCACGGACACGCUCACCCAAGAUAGGGUCCACAUCACCUGGUCAAUCAUCAGAUGGUUACACCAGUCCUGUGGAGGAGAGCAUGGCCUUGCUAACGCAGGCUGUCUACGACCUGGCCAAGCUGUACCUGCGCUCCUUCUCUGCUACCUCCUCCUCCUUCAGCUCACGUCCGCUGCCGGAGCCCUCAGACGAGGAAACUGUGCAGGGGAGGAGCAGCAAAGAAGCUUCUGGCACCACAGACCACCUUCAGUUCACCCUGUUUGCUUUGCAUGGCAUCCCGGCCAACUGGGUCAGCAGCUAUGAGAAAUACUUCCUGAUGUGCUCCCUCACCCACAAUGGCAAAAACCUGUUUAAACCGGUCCAGUGCAAGAGAGUGGGCACAUACAAAAGCUUCUUCUACCACGUCAAAUGGGAUGAACUGAUCAAUUUCCCCAUUGCAGUGGCUGUGCUCCCACUGGAGUCCAUACUGAGCCUGUCUCUGUUCGGGGUGCUGAACCAGAAUGCCGGUGGCUCCCCAGACUCCAACAAGCAGAGGAAAGCUCCAGAGCAGCUGGGCAAAGUGUCUAUGCCGCUCUUUGACUUCAGAGGGGUGCUUGCCAGGGGCAGCAGGCUGCUCUGUCUGUGGACGUCUGCCCAGGGAGCUGCUGCCACUGCUGGCUCUACAGGCGGCCACAAGAAGAUGCCCACAGAGAGAAUUACAAUGCAGGUGGACUUUCCCAACUCAGCGGUGGAUGUUUUAUAUGUGGGACCCAAGGAGGACCCCAGCCCGGAGCCCCACUCUCUGGAGGAGUUGGACCCAGACCUCCGACGCAAACUGGAGAAAAUCUGCAGCCGAGCUUCAAAUUUCGGGCUAAAACGGGCUGAUCACCAAAUCAUAUGGGACCAUCGGCUCCACUGUCAGAGGGACCACCCCAGCAGCCUGCCCAAAGUGCUGGCCAGUGCACCCAGCUGGGACUGGGCCAGCAUGGCUCACAUCCACUCCCUGCUGCACCAGUGGCCCACUCUGCCCCCCGUCACUGCACUGGAGCUGCUCGACUCAAAGUUUGCAGAUACAGAGGUGAGAAGUGUGGCUGUUAGUUGGAUUGAGAAGAGUAGUGAUGAUGAACUAGCUGGUUACCUGCCACAGCUUGUACAGGCCUUAAAGUUUGAGUGUCACCUAAAGAAUGCCCUGGUCAUCUUCCUGCUGUCCAGAGCACAAGGCAACAUCAACAUCGCCCACUACCUCUGCUGGCUGCUGAAGGACGCUGUGCAGGAUCCUGGCUGGGGCUGGCGUUAUGAACGGGUGCUGGGUGCCCUGUUGUGUCUGUGCGGAGCCAAGCUGAGGGCGGAGCUGGAGAAACAGACUCACUUUGUCACCCUGCUGGGAGCCGUGGCCGAGAGGGUCAGGCAGGCCGGGGGCUCCACACGACAGUUGGCACUGCAGGAGGGCCUCGAGAAUGUGCAGAACUUUUUCCAGAGGAACUCCUGCCGACUGCCUCUCAGCCCCAGUCUGGUGGCCAAGGAACUAAACAUCAAGGCCUGCUCCUUCUUCAACUCCAACGCAGUUCCCCUCAAGUUGGUCCUGGUCAACGCCGACCCACUGGGAGAAGAGAUCAAUGUUAUGUUCAAGGUUGGAGAAGACCUGAGGCAGGACAUGUUGGCUUUGCAGAUGAUCCGCAUCAUGGAUCGCAUCUGGCUGCAGGAGGGGCUCGACCUCCGCAUCGUCAACUUCAAAUGCAUCUCCACUGGCAAAGACAAAGGCAUGGUGGAGCUGGUGCCGUCCUCCGACACCCUGAGAAAGAUCCAAGUGGAGUAUGGCAUCACCGGAUCCUUUAAGGACAAACCAUUAGCAGAGUGGCUCCGCAAGUACAACCCUGCUGAGGAUGAGUAUGAGAAGGCAUCAGAGAACUUCAUCUACUCAUGCGCGGGAUGCUGUGUCGCAACUUACAUCCUGGGCAUCUGCGAUCGCCACAAUGACAACAUCAUGCUGCGCUCCACUGGUCACAUGUUCCACAUUGACUUUGGCAAGUUCCUGGGCCAUGCCCAGAUGUUUGGCUCCUUCAAAAGGGACCGAGCGCCAUUCGUCCUGACCUCUGACAUGGCGUACGUCAUCAACGGAGGCGAGCGUCCCACCAGUCGUUUCCAGCUGUUUGUAGACUUGUGCUGUCAGGCCUACAACCUCAUCCGCAAGCACUCCGGCCUUUUCCUCAAUCUGUUGUCACUGAUGACGGCGUCAGGCCUCCCAGAGCUAACUGGCUCUCAGGACCUCAAAUAUGUGUUUGACGCUCUGCAGCCCCACAACACAGACGCUGAGGCAACUAUCUUCUUUACCAGGUUAAUUGAGUCCAGUCUGGGCAGCGUGGCCACCAAGUUCAACUUCUUUAUCCACAACCUCGCCCAGCUACGAUUCUCUGGCCUUCCGGCCAAUGAUGAGCCCAUUCUGUCUUUCUCCCCCAAGACCUACACCAUUAAACAGGAGGGCCGCAUUCUCCAAACAUCCAUCUUUUCCUUCCAGAAAAGAUACAACCCUGACAAGCAUUAUACAUAUGUAGUGAGGAUCCUGAGGGAAGGUCAGAACGAGCCGCAGUUUGUCUUCCGCACUUUUGAUGAGUUCCAGGAGCUCCACAACAAACUGACCAUACUUUUCCCGCUCUGGAAGCUACCGAGUUUCUCGAACAAAAUGGUGCUUGGUCGCACCCACAUUAAAGAUGUGGCAGCCAAGAGGAAGCUGGAGCUCAACAACUAUGUCCACAACCUGAUGAGGAGCUCCACGGAGGUCACUCAUUGUGACCUGAUCUACACCUUCUUUCAUCCAAUUGCACGAGAUGAAAAGACAGAGGGUUUAGACGCCGUGCCCAAAGCACCAGAGCCUCCACUCAGUCCCACUUCUGGUCGGGUGGAAGGAGAAGUGAAGCUCUCGAUCUCCUACAGGAACAGCACUCUCUUCAUUAUGGUCAUGCACAUCAGGGAUCUGGUGUCUGAAGAUGGAACCGAUCCCAACCCGUAUGUUAAAACCUACCUGCUUCCAGAUCCACACAAGACUUCCAAACGCAAGACAAAGAUCUCGAGGAAAACCAGAAACCCUACUUUCAAUGAGAUGCUGGUGUACAGUGGCUACAGCAAGGAAACCCUGGGCCUGCGGGAGCUUCAGCUCAGCGUGCUCAGUGCUGAGUCACUGCGUGAAAACUACUUCCUUGGCGGCAUCACGCUCAGACUCAAAGACUUUGACCUCAGCAAGGAGACGGUCAAGUGGUACAAACUUACAGCCGUCCCCUACUUCUAAUCCCCAACCUGCCUCUCCCUGUAGCCGGGAACAAGUCUCCACACAAACGCUGCAUUCACAUCAAAUGGGAAUAGCUAACUGAGGGUGCCGUACUUUGAAAAUAUUGGUCUCCUCAUCUCAACAAAAUGCUUCUUCGUUUUCUGGGAUUUCCGACAUCACCAAAUUUGAAGUAUAUAUAGACCGUUUCUUUCACAUUUACCAUAUUGUCGUUGAAAAUAUGUGUAGAACAACUGUAGAAUCAGUAGGAACCUGAUUCUGUCAAAUUUCCUCAAGGCAUCGUUACUGCUGCAAAUAAGUUUUAACCAUCGUUGUGUUGCCUCAGAAGUUAUUCCCAUGUGAUGUCAAUGCAGGCGGGCGACAGAACAGGCCAAUUCACACACACCCCCUCAAAGAGAAGCCUGCUCAUUCUUCACUAUUCUCUCUCCCUCUUUAACUAAUCAAGAUUGUUUCUGUGACAAACAAUCUCCGCUUAUUUUGUGUCUUUUUCUCCUAAACUAUAAUGAAGAGCUGUAAUGUUUUGUACAUUUUGAUAUUAGAGGACCAAAACGGCUUACUUGCAGAAGAGUAUAUAUAGAUUGACACAUUUAUUUUUUAAGGACUAGAAAGGGGGGCUCACUUUUACACUUUCCAUGUUUAUUUCCUACAUAGACAAAUAGGAGGCAUCAGGGUUCCCUGCACUCCGGCGGACACUUCUGGGUAGAGUAGUCCAACACACACCAGAUUCCACGAAAUAAAGAGUGACCUUAUUAUUCCCCGAGAAUGUGCCAAAACGAAUGAGGAUGGCAAAUCAAACCACUCUCCCUGACAGGGAGCUGAACAGGGUGCCUUUGUUUGUGCUCACAAUCUCUUUUUAAUGCUCGACUUGGCCUAUAUAUAUUUUAUUAACAAUGUGAUAUGUCCUUAUUAAAGAAAAAUCUAUAUUCUGUAAAGCUAUAUCAGUAGAUCUUCCAGAGCAGGUCUGCUGCCGGACCGCCAUCAUAAGGAUUUUUUUUGUUGUCACAGUGGACUGCCACUUAAUGCACACUACCAGGUCUUUCUCUCGUGGUAUUACUUGACUAUUUUCACACAGCACACAUUAAAGGGGAAUUUGUAUCAUAAGCUUUGGAACGUGCUCUUGUCUGUGCUCUGGAUGAGGAAAUUACAGUUGCCCUGAUCAUGACACUGAUCACAUGUCAGUUUCAGACGUUUCCCAGUUUCCCGUUUUUCAGACUUGCAGAGAGCCGUCUGGGAACCGGAUUUAAAACUAGAGACAGGACAUGAGGCUCGUUCAGCUCAGGCAGCGACAGCAGACCCACUCCUAGUGCCUCACUGUGGUGUAAUGACGCCAUGCUGGCCAAACGUCUCACAAUAUCUCAAACUGCCAGUGAAGUCCACAUCCAGUCAGGUUUUCUAGUAUUUCUAACUGAGCACAGAUCAGCAGUAAAAGGGCAACUUUAACUUCACGUAUCUUUACAAAAAGGGAACCAGAUGCUGAGCAAGAAAUUAGCUGCUUUCCCCUCCGCUCGCUAACUAUAAAUCUAAACUUGUUAAUGUUUAAUAAAGAAAUUAUGAUGAAUUUAUCUAAAAAAAGUUUUUUUUUAAGAGAAGAUCUACACAACAGUGAUCUGAGAGUAACUCUCUAAAUAUUAGUGACUUGAUUCUCUCUUUUAGUGACUGUACAAAGAAAGCAAGCAGAGUUUGUAUUAACAUGGCCAGUUAUUUAUUCUUAAUUGGUGACCUGUAACCUGAAUGGAUCAGUGUGUACUGUAAUCCCUCUUUCCUAAAGCAAAUAAAUGUUUUUGGAACAAAA